GUGACCAAUGUGCAUCACUUCAGUGCCAAAAAUUUUGUGAUGUUCAGUUUCUGUUUGCUGCAUCUGAUUGGAAAGUGCAUUUGGAGCACUGAUGUUUAUCGUGCGCCCCAAUAUCAAUAUGGUAAUCUUUGCCGAUUACGAUUUUCUUUUUGCCAUAAGCUUGCAAUACAAAUUGUGGAAUCAGUUUUUUUUACAGCAACAGUGGAAGUCAUUUAAUGAUGUGCACGACAGUGUUGGAUGCGUGGGGCUUAUGUCCACUACGAUUUACUAUCAUGUUCUGUAUGUUUUACCCUCUUGUUUGUUCAGCAUUGCUAGUGAUCAUUCAAAGAGCAAAUUGCUUUUGUUUGCAGACAAUCUGGUCUGUACUUGUGAAUAUUUGGAUGCCUAUAAUUGAGUAAAUCAUGCGGGGAAAGCUUUGGAUGAGAUGUUCUCCCUUCCUUUCUAAACGCUAUGUCUCUACCUGUGGGACAACCUCCUCAUUAUCUCCAUCCACAUCGUACUCUUCAAUACAACCAUGGCUCUUUGUUGGUCUGGGUAAUCCCGGCGAGAAGUACCAAUCCACCAGACACAAUGUUGGGUUUGAUAUGAUAGACGCGUUUGCACAGUCUCAGGGCAUACCCCUGACCACACAUCACUUCAAAGCACUAUUUGGUGAAGGGAUGGUUGAUGGUGUCCCUGUUUUGCUUGCCAAGCCUCAAACAUAUAUAAAUCUCAGCGGUGAAUCUGUAAGCGACACUUUUGGAAGAUUUUCAACUUUAAUAUCUGAUAUCUACCUUGCUAUACUUCUUUCUUGCUAUAAUUCUUUCUUGUCAUGUGAUUAGUUUUAACUGAUUUGACUGUGAAAUACAAAAACUUGUUAAUGCUUAUGAAUGGUCGCAUCAUGUGCCAUUCUCCCGCUCUAUAGCAUCUGCUAAAAUGGUCGCAUCAUGUGAUGUCCCCUCCAAACCCGCCAUUCUCCCGCUCUAUAGCAUAUGCUAAAGUGGUCGCAUCAUGUGCUGUCCCCUCCCAACCCGCCAAAACAUAUGUGAACUGAAGGUCGUAAUCUACUGCUGCCAUGACAUUUUGAGUAGGAAAAGACUUCCGACCACGAAAGGAAGGUUCCAUAUCUUUACUAACUGAUGCUCGAACAUGUGUACCAUCAAUUGCUCCAAUGCAAUCCUAUAUAUUUUAAAGGGUUAUAAGCCAUAAAAUUUCACACCUAAAUAUGGAAGGACAAGUUUCUCAAAAUACCUUAAAAUAUGGGUCAAACCGUGGGUUCCCUGCAAUAUUGGCUGGAGUUUCCAAGUUAGGUGGCCUGAUAUAUUCAGCUCAUAGC